AUGGAGGUGAUGAUGGGCCAAAAAGGUGGGGCUGAGUCGGUAGGCUUUACCGGCAAGGACUUGGCCAACCACCUAGACAAGCAAAAAAGGAAAAGAGUCAAAGAUGGUGAUGCAGUUGCGGCGCUGUCCUAUUUACAAGGAAAACUUGACAAUGACCCACUAUUUUUCUUCAAGUACAACAAAUCGGAACAAGGUAAUCUCCUUAACUUGCUAUGGUGUGAUGGAACCAGUAGAAUGGAUUAUAACGUGUUUGGAGAUGUGGUUGCCUUUGAUAGCACAUACAAGAAGAACAAGUAUAACAAACCUCUUGUGAUUUUUUGUGGAUACAACCACCACAAGCAAACAACUAUCUUUGCUGCUGCACUUGUUCAUGAUGAGAAAACUGAGACUUUCAUAUGGGUUUUGGAAACCUUGACUGAAGCAAUGUUUAACAGGCAUCCUAAGGUGGUGGUUACAGAUGGAGAUCUAGCAAUGAAGGAAGCUAUUAGAGUUGUGUGGUCGAAUACCACGCAUCGUCAAUGUGCAUGGCACAUUCACCAGAAUGCUUUGAAAAAUAUUAGAAAUCUUGAUUUUGCAGAUGAAUUCAAGUUAUUUGUGUACGCUAACUUAAACCCUGACAAGUUUGGAGAGAAGUGGGAUAAACUGGUUGAGAAAUAUGGUAUAGCCAACAAUCCAUGGAUUGAUACGAUGUAUGAGACAAGAGCUUCUUGGGCAAGCACCUUCAUGCAAGACAAAUUUUUUGCCGCGGGCUAUGAAGAAAUACAGGCACAAUGA